GUUUGUGACUGUGAGACAUUUCAGGCACAGGGGCAGCACUGCCAAAUCAGUAAGUUCCAGAAGAAGGUGUGAUGCACUUUUAUUUUCCAAAUACUGGCAAAGACAGAGGUGGGAUUUGCAAAUCAUGGGGGCAAUACCACUUUGAAACAUUUGAUGGCAUCUACUACUACUUCCCAGGAAACUGCUCAUACAUUUUUGUGAAAGAUUGCAGUGAUCCAGAACCUCAGUACACUGUGUGGAUUAAUAAUAGCCCUCACUGUGCUGGUUCAGUGUACUCAUGUUCACGGUCAAUAAGCUUGUUCUUUUCAAAUCAGGAUGAAAUACACAUAUCGGGACACGAAGUUAGAAAGGGUAGAAUCAGGUUGUCUUUGCCCCAAACAAUUGGAAAUAUUUUCAUUGAGAAAUUAGCAAAUUAUAUUUUGGUGAAAACUACAUUUGGCUUUUCCUUAGCUUGGGAUGGAAACUCUGGGAUUUACAUUAAACUAACAGAAGAACACAAGGGAAAAACAUGUGGUCUCUGUGGAAAUUAUAAUAACAACACAUCGGAUGAUCUCGUAUUACAAAGUAGUGACUAUAAAGAAGAUGUAGCUAAAUUUGCUAACAGCUGGGCUGUACAAAUCCCAGAUGAUGCAACCUGUGUAGCCAUUGCAUCCAGUUUUCCUAGUCCUUGCAACAUUGAUACAGAAUCUUAUGAGAGUAUCUACUUCAAGUGCCAAAUACUCCUGCAGUUUCCUUUUUUAAGUUGUCAUCAGAGCAUAGAUCCUUAUCCCUACAUUUCCAGCUGUAUGAAUGAUUUAUGUAGAAAGGAUGAUGAUGAAACCUAUUGCCGAGCAGUAACAGAAUACGCUCGCUCAUGUUCACAUGCAGGCUAUCCUAUUAGAGAUUGGAGAGAUGAUUUUCCAGCCUGUACUGACAAUUGUGAAGAUACUUUUAUCCAUCGGGAUUGUAUUAGCUGUUGUCCACCAACCUGUACUUUUGAGAAAGACUGUCUAGGUAGUAACCUCCAUUGCUUAGAUGGAUGCUAUUGCCCAGAUGGCCUUAUAAUGGACAAUGGAACUUGUAUUUCUGCAUCAGAUUGCCCAUGUGUUUAUCAUGGGACAGCUUUCCCUGUAGGCUCAACAAUUGAACAAGAAUGUAGUAACUGCAUUUGUAUGGGUGGUGCUUGGAACUGCACUGAACAUGAUUGCCCAGCUGAAUGUUCAAUUGUUGGUGAAUCCCAUUUCACAACUUUUGAUGGUCGCCAUUAUACCUUUCUUGGGAACUGUCAGUAUAUUUUGGUAAAAGGCACCGGGAAAGACAAAUUCACACUCACUUUACAGAAAAGUCCCUGUGGACAGAGCAUUGAUUACAACUGCAUUCAGUCUUUGACGCUAAUUUUUGAAGAUGACAUAAGCAAGCAAGUGACUCUCAUCCGGGGUGGUGAAAUACAGUACGGUUCCUUCAGCCAGGGAUUCACCCUAAACAGAUACAUAGAAGUACAGAACCUAUCUUCAUUGUUUGUGCAGCUAAAAACUAAAUUUGGUUUAAAAAUCCAGUUUGCUAAAGAUGGCAAAAGAGUGUAUAUUCAACUCAGAGCUGAGUGGAAGAGCAGAACUAUGGGUCUCUGUGGAACUUAUAAUGGAAAUCUGAGAGACGAUUUUCUUUCCCCAUCAGGAAUGAUUGAAGGAACCCCACAACUUCAUGCUAAUGCAUGGAAGAUUUCAUCAGCAUGUCACAUGCCUGUCAACAUUCCUGUAGUUGAUCCUUGCAAUGUUAAUCAACAAAAUGUUGCAUAUGCAUCCCAGUGUGAUCUCAUCAAUCAAGAACUCUUUGCUCCGUGUCACAUAUACAUCAGUCCAGAUUUAUAUUAUCAGCUAUGUCGCUUUGAUGCUUGUAAAUGUGGGAGAAGUUGCUUGUGCAAUGCAUUUGCCCACUAUGCUUAUAUUUGCAGCAAACAUGGGAUUACUAUAGAUUUCAGAUCUCAUGUUUCAUACUGUGCAUUAGUAUGCAGAAAUGGAAUGCUGUAUCAUCCAUGUUCCUCCUUCUGUGAACACUCCUGUUCUUCCCUUUCUCUUGUGGAUGCUUGUGAUAAUGACUGCGCUGAAGGCUGUAACUGCCCUGAAGGAAAAUACUUUGAAGAAUCCAUUAAUUUUUGUGUGCCAAUGCCUAGUUGUCGAUGUUAUUAUAAAGGCAGAAGUUUUCAGCCUGGAGAAAUUUUGCCCACACCAUUGGGAUCAUGCCAGUGUCUAAAUGGAACAAUGAAAUGCAAUGAAGCAGCAGCUGUCCCAGCAGUGCACUCAUGUCCUGAUGGAAAGAUCUACUAUGACUGCCAUUCUCAUAUACCUGGCUUGCCAUCAGCUGGAAUAAACUGUGAACUAACAUGUACAAAUAUUGCUAUGAACUUUACCUGUACACCUUCUCCACCAUGUUUGAAUGGUUGCAUCUGUCCCCCUGGGAUGGCAGAGCAUAAAGGAAAAUGUUAUGUUCCUGAUAGUUGUCCAUGCAUGUGGAAGGAUUGGGAGUAUAUGUCAGGCGAAGUGAUAGCUACCCCUUGUUAUACAUGUAUUUGCCGACGUGGGAUAUUUAAUUGCACAUACUAUCCUUGUCCAGCUGUAUGUACAAUCUAUGGAGAUCGGCAUUAUUAUACUUUUGAUGGACUAGAAUAUGACUAUGUGAGUGACUGUCAAAUUUAUUUGAUAAAGAGUGUUGACAGUUCAAACUUGUCUCUAAUUGUUCAAAAUAAGAAGUGCUUUGAUAAUGACAUCGUUUGUUCAAAAGAUAUGAUGCUAACUAUUGGAGAUUCUGAGAUUUUUUUCAGUGAAUCUCUAGACAUAGAGGGGGUGCUAAGGAGACAUGGAGACAAAUCCAAGUAUCAAGUUUGGAAAGCUGGAUAUUAUGUAGCAAUACAUUUUCCAGAGGAAGAGCUCACGGUACUGUGGGACAGGAAGACAACAAUGCAUAUCAAAGUUGGAGCUCGAUGGAAGGGUAAAUUAGCUGGUUUAUGUGGAAAUUUUGACAAAUUUACUUCAAAUGAUCUGACUACAUCGAACAAUAUGGAAGUAAAAAAUGCUCAAAUUUUUGGAGAGAGUUGGGCAAUAGGACAGUGUGCAAGUCCAAAUGAGACCAACAAACAAUGUGAAGUUCAUCAGAGCAAGUUCCCCUAUGCCAAAAAAGAAUGUUCAGUUUUAUAUAGUGAUAUUUUUGCCUCUUGCCGUAAUGUGAUUGAUGUAACAUCAUUUGUAAAAAACUGUCAUACAGAUACGUGCAACUGUAAUCUGGGUGGAGACUGUGAAUGUCUGUGCACUAGCAUUGCAGCUUACGCUCAUAAAUGUUGCCAGCAGGGUGCAGUAAUUCACUGGCGAUCUCCUUCUCUCUGUCCUUACGAUUGUGAUUAUUACAACCAAGAACUUGGGAAAGGGCCUUAUAUUUUGGCCAGUUAUGGACAGAAUGAUACAGUUAUAGGGAUCAAUGUUAACAGCAAAAAGAUUUUUCCUUUAUCUAGAAACAAUCUCCAAGAAAAAGUUUAUUAUAAUUUCAUGCUAACUCCUGGACUUUACAAAGAUAAAAUUCUAUCUUCACCUCUGAUUUCACUUGAGUGUGCAGAAAGGCCAAAUUACUUUCUUUAUGUACACAAUGACAACAGCAUUUUGUUAGCACAAUGGGAUGCAAGUUUGUCAUUUCGUAGAAGAACGACUUUUAUCCAUCACCAAGGACUUUGGAUCUCUAGUUAUAGUACAUUUGAACUGCACAGCAAAAGAGGUUUCUUCCUUACACUUAGCACUUUGGCAGUGAAAAUCUCAAAGUUUGAUGGUUCUGAAGAAUUUAAAAGCUUAAGUAGCUUCAGUAUUGAGGAACACCAUUCAGCAAUACCUUACAGGAGAAUGUGUGAAUGGAGAUAUGAACCUUGCACAAGUCCUUGUGUUAAAACAUGCAAUGAUCCUGAAGGAACAGCAUGCAAAUUUCUUCCACCGGUUGAAGGAUGCUUACCAUAUUGUCCAAGAGCUAUGAUCCUAGAUGAAAUCACACUUAAAUGUGUUUAUCCAGAAGAUUGCAUUGCUGUGAAACCAACAGAAUCGUCAUUUGGAACCAAACCAGAUAGAACAAAUCCUACAACUUCCCAGAUAACGAAUAUAUCAAAAACAUUUUCUCAAAUGCCAAUUACAUUGGUUAUUGAAGAGACUGAGCCAACCUAUGUUAACUUAUCUACCAAAAUCACAACUGAACCAACAACUGCCAAAGAUGCUUAUUCAAUAAUGGUAUCUCAUUCAAGCAUGCAGUUACCUGAUUUGUCACCAGGUUCAGAAUUAUUUUCUAAAGACAGCUACAACACAACCAUUCCACCUAUUCUGCUUAGAUCUCUGUCAACAACUUUUCCAACUACUUAUGAAGCUCCAAUGGUUAGUGUAAAAACAAUAUCCUACAAUUACAAUUUCUCUUCAUCAAGUAACCCUGCACCUACUGCUAUACCAUCAGUGACUGCUUUUCCUUUAAUAACUGAGUCAACUACACUAUUGGAAGUUGCAGUUCCUUCUUCAGUGGUAGCUAGAACUCUUCCAACUUCCACAACACUGACAGAUUUACCUUUAACACAAACGUUUGCUAUUACAAUUCUCAUUAUCCAUGGUCUUUUCAAAAUCAUAUGGAGUAAGACUUCUUUUCCCCCAGGCAUUGCUGUGAAACCAACAGAAUCGUCAUUUGGAACCAAACCAGAUAGAACAAAUCCUACAACUUCCCAGAUAACGAAUAUAUCAAAAACAUUUUCUCAAAUGCCAAUUACAUUGGUUAUUGAAGAGACUGAGCCAACCUAUGUUAACUUAUCUACCAAAAUCACAACUGAACCAACAACUGCCAAAGAUGCUUAUUCAAUAAUGGUAUCUCAUUCAAGCAUGCAGUUACCUGAUUUGUCACCAGGUUCAGAAUUAUUUUCUAAAGACAGCUACAACACAACCAUUCCACCUAUUCUGCUUAGAUCUCUGUCAACAACUUUUCCAACUACUUAUGAAGCUCCAAUGGUUAGUGUAAAAACAAUAUCCUACAAUUACAAUUUCUCUUCAUCAAGUAACCCUGCACCUACUGCUAUACCAUCAGUGACUGCUUUUCCUUUAAUAACUGAGUCAACUACACUAUUGGAAGUUGCAGUUCCUUCUUCAGUGGUAGCUAGAACUCUUCCAACUUCCACAACACUGACAGAUUUACCUUUAACACAAACGUUUGCUGUAACUUCAGGAAUUAAUCCUUAUCUGUCUACAUUUACAACAACUAGGUCUCCAGUUCCUGUAUCUAUUGCUACCAAUAGAUUUACUUCAUUUGCAUCAAAUCCUCUUCAUAGUACUUCAGAUUCAGACUCAGUGACUAUUCGAUCAGAUUCAAAAUUGAUAAAUAAAAUAUUAACACCUGCAUUUGUAUCAUCACAAAAGGCAUCUCUGACACCUUCUGAACAUAUUGCUUCCUUAACCACAAAACAUUUUUCUACUGUUGCUGAUGUAGUUAGUAAAACAACUUCAGUUGUGACACGAAGUCCAAUAAAAUCAUAUUUUAGUCUCCUAAUAACCCACACAACGUCAACAUUAAUGCCUCCUCCAAUUACAUCUCAAAGGCCCAAAGGAACUGGAGAAGUGACAGUUAUUUCAAAGAGCUUUCAUUUAAGGCCUUCCACAGGUUCUCUUCUAGCAGUUCUUCAGACUACCAAAUCAUCGAAGACAAGUUCAGUUUCAGCAGAAAGUAAACAUGUGUGGCAUGCAGAUUCAUCUCCAACUGAUUUUAUAACUUUGUCAGAGUUUAGUGAUACCAGGGUGCCAAGUAGUAUUCCUAUUAAGAUUUCACAGGAUGAAGCACAAAUAACUCAUGAACCAUUUGGUUCGUAUCCAGAAUCAGAAAUUUCAUCAACAGUUAAAAGUGCUGAUACUUUUACUACUUCAUCUUCAGAAACCUCUUUUAAAAUGUUGACAACAAGAAUUUCUACUCCUCAGAUUUCUGUUACAGCAUCACAUUCUGGAAAUUUAUCAACAGUUCCCAUCACUUCUGCUGUAGUACCAACCAGUACUGAUAUAAAAAUGCCUGCUAUAUUGCUAAAUGAUGAUUUGAGCUCAACAAAUUUAACUUUAAUUACAAAUCUUUCCACUAUACAUACUAUGUCUUCAGUUUCUUUGACUACUUUUGAUGACUCAGCCAUGUAUUUGGGAACAAGAAGGCCUUCUUUGACUUCUUUAAUAGAUAGGAGAACUUUAUCUUCCUUAACAGGUGCUCAGUCUGCAGAACCAGCAAUGGAAUCAGCUUUGACCCUGAGCAAACUUUGGACUAUUACAUCAACUCCACAAGAUAUUACUGAAAACUACUCAACAAUCCCCUCAGAAAAAAUAUUAGUUUCUUCUGCUGGCACAAUAGCUUCUGACAAAAUUGCUGAAGUUACUGAAUUUCCUCCUGUAAGUUUUGAUUUUCACACAACUACUACUUCAGUCCCUGUUCCUGCUGUCUCCCAAGCACCCAUUUAUGUUCCAAAUGUUACUGUCUUUACACCUAAGCCAUGCAAAGACUCUCUACAAACCAUGCCCUUAGAAAUGGAUAAAGUUUCAGACUGGGUCAAAACAGCAAUAACCCAUGCUUCAAAAUUUCAAAAUAGAACAAGCACUUUGUAUGCCUUAAAAAGUAAUAAAACCUCACAGGAAAGCAUCACAACAGAUGCAAGGACUGAAAAGCCAUCUUUACUACCUGUUCAGAUGACUAUAUCUGCUAGUCAAAGCAGCACAACUUCAGUAAAACCAGUUUCUUUCUCUGAGGUGACAGAUAUAACAUUUGAUAUAUCUAGGACUCCAUCAACAAAAUCUUACUACAGUGUAACUAAACCAGAGGAAGUAAGUAUCAUCAGCUCACAGAAUUUCACAAUAACAAGUUCAUCUCAAGUCGCUGCAAAACUUGUGGAAACCCAACCCACAGAGGCUGAAGUUAAAAUGAUGACUACAAAGAGUGACAAACACACUUCAUUUGGCACAAUAAUAUAUACACUUGUAUCUGUGACAUCUUCAGAAUGCACGCCAAGAUACCUUGAUCCUAUAGACAAAUGUAGCCAGUUCGUCUGCAUUAACAUGGAAUGGAUACUGUACAAUCUUUCAAGGAACUGCCAUAAGAAUGUGGAGAAACCUGACUGUGGUUUUCGAGGGAUGCCAGUUCAAAAGAACAGCGACAGCUGCUGUCCUGAAUGGGAAUGUCCUUGUCAGUGUUCUAUCCUCUCUGAACUGAGUAUCAUUACAUUUGAUGGAAAUAAUGUAGCACUAUAUAAAGUAGCAUCCUAUAUUUUAGUCAAGUUACCUACAGAAAUUAUUGUGGCUCAUAUUGAAAAGUGCCCGGCUAAUCAGAGUGCAAAUUCAAUAAGAAAACUAGUCCCCGCAGGAAGUGCUUCUGGACUUUGUUUUAAGAAACUUAAUGUAACAAUACCACCAUAUUCAGUACUUAUUAACCGCUUAGCAAGAAAGGUAAUUGUGAAUUCUAUAAUCCAACCUUUGCCUUUCUUGCAAGAUGGCAUAUGUAUUCAGGACACUGGAGCAAUGUAUGUAAUCAAUACACCAGCUGGAAUCAAUAUUAAAUGGGCUCAUGUUACAGGCAUUAUGGACAUCCAAUAUGGCUUUAACUCUAAUGUAUCUACAAAGACAGAGGGGCUUUGUGGUGUCUGCAAUGGUGACCCUGCUGAUGAUUUGAAAAUGCAAAAUAGAACAAUAAUUACAAAUAUGGAAGAAGUUGAAAUUUUUAUCAAAAGUUGGGAAAUUGAGAAAUCUUUUGAUGUAACAACAAGAAGACCCAUUAGAAACUGCACAGAGGAUAAUUGUACAUAUUGUAUGGAACUCUUACAGAAGUGGGUUUUUGCCCCUUGUCACAAAAAAGUCUCACCACAAGAUUUUUGUGAAAAAAUGUGGGUUAACAAUACCUAUUUUGAGAAUUAUGAAUGUGAUGCACUUUCUGCAUAUGUAGCACUAUGCAACAAGCAUAAUAUCUGCAUUAAGUGGAGGACACCAGAUUACUGUUGGCUUGCUUGCCCUGAUGGGAAGGAAUAUCAACCUUGUGUCCAACCCUGUGAUGCAAAAACAUGCCUAAAUAAAUGGUUUUAUGAAGAGUCAUCAUGUUCCUAUUUAAGAGAAGACUGUGUUUGCAAAAAGGGGACCAUUCUUCAUAAAAUGGACUCUGACCUUUGCAUUCCAGAAGAAAAAUGUGUCUGUAUAGAUAAUGAAGGGCAUCCUCACUCUGUCGGGGAGAUUUGGAUUGGCUCCAAUAAAGGAUGCUGCAUGUAUAAGUGCAUGGAGAAUGGGAGCAUUAUUGAUACAGAGCCUGAAUGUGAUAAGCAGCCAUCUCCAAUGUGUGAUAGAGAGGCUGAAGUGAUUGUCAAUGUAAUUGAAGAACAAACUUGCUGUCCAAAAAAUAUCUGUGAGUGCAACAUGACUCUAUGUAGUCCUAUCAUCCCGAUAUGCAAAAGAACUGAGAAGUUGACAGUCAGAUAUACUCCUUUCUCCUGCUGUCCUCAAUACCAGUGUGAAUGUGAUAUGUCAGCAUGUCCUAAUGUUACUCGUCCAGAAUGCCGAGAAGAUCAGUUUAUUGUGGAAGUCAAAUUGGAUGAUACUUGCUGUUUCUCCUACUUGUGUGUUUGUGAAUCUUGCAUUGAACCUAUUCCAGAAUGCAAUGAAGAAGAACUUCUUGCAGUAGAUCUUAGUACUGCACAUUACUGUUGUCCUCAUUAUCACUGUGUAUGUGAAGAGAAUCUGUGUCUUUCACCUCUUCUGAAUUGCUCAGCUGAUAUGAAACUGGUUAAAAAAAGAGUACUUGGACAGUGCUGCCCAGACUGGAAUUGCGAAUGUGAUUGUGAGAAUGGUACUGUACCAAGCUGUAAAUUGGGUGAAGUUCGGAAAAUAAGUGCUAAUGCUUCUACUACAUGUGGAUGUCCACAUUAUUUUUGUGAAAAAGAAAAUGUCUGUAUAUUCCAAGAAGUCACUGUACUGAACCCGGGUCAGACAUUGAUUCAAUAUUUGGAUGGAGAACUUUAUUAUAUGGCAAAGUGUUCACAAGAAAGAGACCCUAACACAGGAUUUUACACUAUGACUCUAGCAGUAGUCAAUUGUUCCCAAAAAUGUGAAGCACAUCAAGUACAGAGCCCAUCUGAGGGUCAAUAUUCUUGUGGUUCUUGCAUAAAUGUCUCAUGUCCUUUUUAUACUGACAAUGGAACUCUUGAGAUUUAUGAAGAAGGAAGCACAUGGGACUCAAACUGCACUAAAUAUGAAUGUGCAAAGAUUGGUGUGGAGACAGUGGUACUUGGCUCCAGUGUGUUUUGCCCACCCUUUAAUGAGACUGAAUGUGUAAAGAAUGGUGGCUCUGUGCAGACCUAUCACAAUGGCUGCUGCAAGACCUGUAAAAGAGAUGAAAGGAUUUGCCAGAAAAUAAUGGUCAGAACUACUGUAAGAAAAGAAGACUGCGUAAGCCAAAGUCCUAUAAGUGUGGCUUCUUGUGAUGGAAAGUGCCCCUCUGCUACGAUUUUUAAUGUCAACAUCGAUAGCCAUUUAAGGUUCUGCAAAUGCUGCCGUGAAAAUGGAGUUCAGAAUCGAACUGUGCCACUUUACUGCUCUGGAAAUGGCACUGAAAUUCUGUAUGUCAUGCAGGAACCUACAGACUGUUCAUGCCAGUGGAAUUAAAAAUUUUGUGAUUUCAUGCAAACCAAGUUUUUGUUCUUUCUUAUGAUCAGAUUUAAUAUAUAAAUAUUUUCUCAAUUUAUAUUUGCAUAAUGUAUGUAAAAAGGGAGCAUAUUAAUUUUUGACACAUAUGGAACACUUAAUUCACUUUAAAGUAAUGUACUCAGAUAUGUGAUGUAUGUAUGUAAUUCAUCAGGAGCAGCCAUUUAGUCAUGUCUGACCCUUGGCCGCUUUAUAUGGAUCAGCACUCUUCAUGUUCCUCUGUCUUGCAUCACCUCCUUCAGAUCUGCCAUGGUCAUCCCAGUAUCAUUCUUUAUAGUGUCUAGCCAACAGGAUGGCCCCUAUUCAUUUUUCUACUGAUCACUCUCAGCAUGAUUGACUUUUCGAGUGAGUCAGCUCGCAUGACAUGACUGAAGUAUGAUGCCCUCUGUUUGGAGAUCUUGGCUUCAAGUGAUAUUUUUAAUGAGGUUCAGACUAGGACUUCUUUGUUAUUUUUGCAGUCCAUGCUAUGUGCAAUAGUUGCCUCCAGCUCCAUAGUUCAAAGGCAUCCACCCUUCUAUCUGCCAAGUUUCGCAGCCAUAAGUAGCAAACCGAAAAAUUAUUGCAUUAACUAAUCUGCAUUUGUUUGCCGGUGUGAUCUUUUUAUUCUUCCAGAUGUUACUCAUGCCAGACAUUGCAAGUGCUAUACACUCUCAUGUCAUUUAUGUAAUUAGCCAACAUUAACUAUAUAAUUCUAACACAUGCCUUGUUCUGGGGUUAUAUCAAAACUUUACAGUUUAUUAGCACUUCUACUGGCAUCACUGAUUAUUCUUCAAGAGUAAUCCUAUUCUGCAUUGUAAUAUUUGUGAUAUUUUAUUAAAAUUUUGAAAUCCAUAACAUGGUCGUAUUUCUUAUUUUUCUGGUUCUAAUCUUUUCUAGCAUACUUUUUAUCACUAUGAUUGCAUGUAGUAAUAUCUUAUAAGCCAUUUUUGACAUUAUUUUAUAUUUGCAAGAAUUUAUGCAAAAGUAAAUGAUAGUUUCUAUACUUUUCCUGCAUUAAAACAUAAUUUGAAAUGCUAUAUGCACUCCUAAAGAGGAAAAUGUAUGAAAAAGCUGCAUUUUUUAAAGAAAGGACAU